AUGCUCAUCCGGCUGCUCCAUUGCGAGGUUUCUCGGCUCUCCGACAUGUCGCUACUGCCGGGGGCGCCGGCGAGCAGCAGCACGAGCCUCACCACCACCGUCCAGAAUCUUUUCCCAACCAUGCCGACGACGAUGGCGUCAACACGCCGGCGCUAUUCCCCUGAGCACCACCACACCUCAUACCUGUCCAUCCCCCAUUUCUACCCCACAAACCUUCCGAAAUUUGACGUGAACGCCUCGCUGUGGAAGCUGCACAAUGAGCGGACGCUUCAGGUGGAACCGACCGACAUGGACGUGGCCUCGAUCACCGAGACGACGCGCGAUGUGCGCAUCAGCGAGGUGGAAGAGGAAGAAGAUGAUGACAAGCCCCUGGAUCUUUCGAUGCGUAACGUUUCUCCGUCCCCUUCCACCUCUUCCGUCACGAUCAUCCACUCGCCAUCCCCGUCGUAUUCUGUGGAAACCGAUCGGCCAUCGGUGAUCAUUGAGGCAAGCGGUUCUGGACCGUCUGUACGUCGUUCUUCCUCUUCUGUCGGAAUCCCAUCGUCAACGGCUUCUGUACAAGAACACUUUCGGCGAUCACUGAGCGGAAAAUGGCCCAGAAGACAGCGUACGGAAGAGGAGAAGGCAAGAUCAUCGCCCUUCUCGAAACGAGCCUCAUUUCGGGAGCACAAAAUCAUCGAACAUUCCACUCCGAGCAUCGAAGAGCACUUCCGAAAAGCCCUCGACCCCGACGCCUUCAACAAGUGGAAGCAAAAACAAACAAGCUCC